UCGUCACAGUGGGAGAGCUCGGCGGGAGGGGGUACAUUUAUCUCUCCUGCUGAGGUCUAGAGUUGCAUUGCUGUGAUUAUUGGUGGUAGCAGUCUGCGUGUGUCUGGGGAUCUGUGUUUAGCUUCUUCAUUUCUUAAACGGCACAGGGGCAGCAGCCAGGCACGUUUGCUUUCUGGCUGCAUUGUCUUCUGCUAGAGAGAGAGAUUGUGAGUGGGGAGCAGCAUGGCAGAACAAGAAGCCAGUGGCUUGCAAGUCCUUCUCUCCACCCUCCAGAGCUCCUGUGACAAGGAUGUCCUCCUGAAUAUCCUCGGUGUCCUCACUGACCUGCUCUCUCUGGGGACUGGACGAAGAAUUCACUAUGUGAUCAGCAAAGGGGGUAGUGAGGCACUGCUGCAGGCCCUCAUCUCUGCUGCCCGGACUGAGCCACCCGACCCCAGCAUCCUCCUGCCUCUGCUUCGCCUCCUGGCCAGGGUUGGCCAAAAAGACAGGAAGUUUGGGAUUAAAGUGCAGAAAGCAGAAGCAACUGAUGUGAUCCUGAGUUUGACAAGGCAAAACCUGGGUCACCACCUGAACCUCACCCACUGCCUCUGGGUCCUGCGGGUUUGUGCUUCUAAUGUUGCUGCAGGAACCACGCUUGGCAUCAAUGGAGCCAUGGAGCUGCUUUUCAAAGUCAUCACCCCCUACAGCAAGCAGCACAUCAGGACUGUAAGGGCAGCCAUUGAGGCUCUGGCAGCUUUGCUGAAAUCAAAAUCUAACAGCCGACAAGCAGUGAACAGAGGUUAUCUGGGUGGAUUGCUGAGACUCUAUCAAGACUGGCAUCACAAUGAUGUCUCCAACAACUACAUUUAUAUUCGUAGAGGUCUCCUGCUCUGCCUAAAGCACAUCACCAACAUCCAGCUGGGCAGGGAGACUUUCCUUGGUUCUCGAGGUAUGGAGAUUCUCUUCACAAGUGUGCAGGACUGUUUAUCUUGCAAGAAUCUGGAUCCAAUUGUAACCACUGUGACUCAGAUUCUACGAAAGUGCUAUCCCAAGGAGCCUCUGCCUCUGGUGACAGUGAGAAGUUCCUAUUCCUUCCCUCUUCCUGGGAACGUCAAGACUGAGCGUCCGUGUAUGGGAUCUGAAGGUAAAUUGCUGAAGGAUGAUAAUGAAAGUGAUAGUGAGGAAGACAUGGAGAAAGACCUGAAUAAAGAUGAUGUGGAGGGCAAAGAGGAAGAUUAUGACUUGGAGACAGAUGUAAACAAAUUGAGGUCAAGGCCAGGGCUUGACCGGCCAGAGGAAGAGCUUGGGCAAUAUGAAGCUAUGUGUCCAGAACUUUCCCAUGAUUUUCAGGAGCUUGAUUCAGAGUCCGAAGAAGAGAAGAAGUCAGAAGACAGGAGUGCGAAUCUUCCUUCCACUUCAUCUCAUUUCAUUCCAAGUGGUAAUUCUGUGGAAGAUCCAAACCAUAGAUGGAGGAACCAAAGUGGCACAGAGGCAGGAUCAGAUCCACAGGAGAAGGAUUUCAAAGCUUCACUGCAGAGUUCAAUAAAGAAGGAGAAAUGCUCAAGGAGCCUUAUCAGUGAAAAGAGAGAGAUUGUAGAAGCAGUCCAAAAUGCAAACUCCUAUGAAGAAGACCCAGCCAAGAGUCACACAUUUUCUCCAUGUCCCCUCCCAAAAGAGGCUCCUUGGUACAAGAAAAUAUUUAACCCUGAGUGUGAGGCUUCAAUUGAUCCUAGUUCUGGAGUCGGAUCAGAGACCACAGAAAUAAUGACAGACCUUCUGGAGGAACACCAAGGGAAUAUUCCAUUCCACAGCCCUCACUUCUACAUAGCCAGGGCCAAAUGUACCAAGUCCAUACCAGCCUACAGAGAUUUGGCAUUCCCUGAUUUCUGGGGCCACCAGCCUCCUCCUCAUGGCACGCCCAUGUUGGAUCGGCACUAUGGAGUUCAAAGGGACAAAGUACUCGAUGAUGUUCGUCGCUUAAUCCAGCCUGGUGAUUUGAUUGGAAGAACUGUUUUUGAUUUAGAUGAGCCCAGUCACUCAAGCCCAGGUGCUCCAUGCUGUCUGACAUUCUUCUCCAAGUUUGAAUCGGGUAACCUUCGCAAAGCCAUCCAAGUGCGUGAGUUUGAAUAUGAUUUAAUUAUGAAUGCAGAUGUGAACACCAACCAGCAUCACCAGUGGUUCUACUUUGAAGUCCGUGGCAUGAAAUUAGCAGUUCCCUAUCGCUUCAACAUUAUCAACUGUGAGAAGCUCAAUAGCCAGUUUAAUUACGGCAUGCAGCUGGUUAUGUAUUCGGUGAAGGAAGCUCUCCAGGGCAGGCCUCGCUGGCUUCGAGCAGGACACGAUAUCAGCUACUACAAAAACCACUACCGCUGCAGUGCAGCUGCAGGAGGAAGCUUAAAAGGGAAAUGCUAUUACACUCUCACCUUCAGCAUCAAGUUCCCUCACGAAGAUGAUGUCUGCUAUCUGGCCUACCAUUACCCCUACACCUACUCUGCAAUGAUGUCUCAUCUUGAUGUCCUGGAACAAAGUAGGAACCCUAAGAAGGUCUACUGGAGGCAACAGGCACUCUGCCAGACACUGAGAGGAAAUACGUGCCCAUUGCUCACAAUCACUGCUAUGCCAGAAUCUAAAAAAAGUGAUGACUUGGAGCAAUUCUACAGUCGUCCUUAUGUCUUUCUGAUGGCCCGCGUUCACCCUGGUGAAAGCAACGCCAGCUGGGUAAUGAAGGGGACCCUGGAGUUCCUUGUGAGCAGUGAUCCCAUUGCUGAUCUCCUGAGGAAAUGUUUCAUUUUCAAGAUUGUCCCCAUGCUCAACCCUGAUGGAGUCAUCAAUGGCAACCAUCGUUGUUCCUUGAGUGGAGAUGAUCUGAACAGACAGUGGCUGACACCCAGUUCUCAGCUUCAUCCAACAAUUUACCACACCAAAGGUCUUCUGUAUUAUCUGCGCAGCAUCGGCCGGGCCCCUCUGGUAUUCUGUGACUACCAUGGCCACUCCCAGAAAAAGAAUGUGUUCCUCUAUGGUUGCAGCAUCAAGGAGACUUUGUGGCAAGCAGGCUGCAUGGUUGACACAGCAGUUAUCACAGAAGAUGUUGGCUACAGGACUCUUCCUAAAAUCCUGGACAAAGUGGCCCCUGCAUUUGUCAUGAACAGCUGCAGCUUCCUUGUAGAAAAGUCCCGCGAGUCAACGGCCCGGGUGGUGGUGUGGCAGGAAAUGGGUGUGCUGAGGAGCUACACCAUGGAGAGCACGUACUGCGGCUGCAGCCACGGUCUCUACAAAGGCCUGCAGCUGGGAACUCAAGAGCUGGAGGAGAUGGGAAGCAAGUUUUGCCUUGCUCUGCUCAUUCUGCACCUCAAAUCCUUUCCCUGCAGCAAGAAGGUGAUGGCUCAGGCAGCGCUGCUCCUAGAUCUGGAGGAGGAGAUAACGAUAACAGACCGGGCACAAAGAAGGUACAGCAACAGCAGCCUGGAGACUGAAGAUGAACCUCCUUGUGCGGAAGAAAUCGAUUAUAACACUGACAGUUGCUCUGAUGGCGAAGGGGACUUCUCAGAGCUAGACCAAGAGAUCCAGGAGUGCCUCUCGUGGGUGGAAGGAGAGGCAGAAGAUGAGGGAGAGACAACAGGACAGACAUGCGGCUCCAAAGCUCUCAGGGGGCUUUACAUUUCCAACCAGCCAGCAUCCAGCAACACGGCUCUUCCUCUGAGUUCUGCGCCGCUUGGAGCAUACAGUGGGUUUGAGAGCAGCCCUGCAUGAGCAAGACUUUGACUUUCAGGCUGCUGCUCAUAUUUGUCUGUUUGCCAGCUUCAGCAUCCUUCCCAGAUGUCUUGCUCCAGUUCUGCAUUGACAAUUGUCUUUAUGUUUGUGUGAUCUGUAUACAUGUAUGUACUGAGAAUGUCUCCUUGAGCUUUCUUCACGAGGCAGAGAUGAGGAGCCACUGGCCCCGAUGAUACUGUAAGAGGACAUCAUCCUUUCCUAAACAGAAUCCUCGUCCCAUGGCUGCCUCUAGUGUGUGGAUUCGUAUAGAUUGAUACGGAGAAUAGUUUUCUGACUUUUGAAGGAACAUCCUUUUUCCUGGCUUAGGCUUUUAUUAUGGCCAGCAGCCUUUGCCCACAGAUCUCAGAAUUGUGGCAGUUUGUGAGGCCUUUGGCGAGAGCUCUCUGUUACCAUUCAUUUCUCUUGAGCUGUACAACAUGCAUCUGAGUUCUGUCUGAUCUGGAUUUUGACCAUGUUUCCAGCAGUUUGGGUCAGGCUAUGCGUGCUCCUGAACUGGUUGUAUUUCAGCAACAGCAUGUGAAAGCCAAUGUGCCAGAGUAAGGAAAGCACCACCAUACGGAGCAGUCCUCUGGAAACCUGGGCUAAAUUUACCUCUUUGCUGCACUGGAAUGAACUAGUCCAGCAUAAUCUCAUUUGAGCCACUUCAUGCUUGAACUGAUGAGCCCAAGUGGAAGAAUUUGUUUCACGGACUGCGGAAUGAUACUUUCUCUGUGAUUCUCUGUGAGACAUCCUUCCAGCAGGAUGCACUAAGGGAAUACAGAUAAUGUUUAAGGCUGCUACUGGGAGUGAGAGAGGCUGGGGGCAUUUCAAGGAGAAAAACUUUUGAGGUAGCUGGGGUCCUCCAAUAUUAUGUCAAUUGGAUUAGUGAUGGUGGCAAUAUCCAAGGGUGAGUUUAGCCCAAGAAUCAGUCUAGUGACUGAUUAUUCUUUGUUAGUUUUAAUAUGAUACCACUAAGGAAACCUAACUCAUGGAACAGGACCCCAUUGUGCCAGAUAGCAAUAUAACAGAAGACAUUAAUGGUAGGUUAUAUAUAGGAUGCAUUCUUCUGGCGAUUCCCAUAAGGGAACAACUUAUUUUAUCUCCAAAUGGAAAGAAAAAAAAAAAGAGAUUUCUCGUAAAAUUGCCUGCAAAAACAGAUCCUGAUUUUAUAAAGUGCUCUCUUACAGAAUAGGUAACAUAGCAAUGUCUUUGCAAGCCUAGUUCCACCAGCAUUAGAAUUCACUGUGCUUUCACACAGAUGUCCAAAGCAAUGGAGGUGCUGUUUCUUGAGCUCCAGCGCAGACCAAGAACACAAAUGCAUGCCUGAGGUCGGUAAAGCACAAAGCCCACAUCACAGCACCUCUCUCCUCAUACUGCGUGUAUUUCUCACGUGUCUAACACUCUGCUGCUGCACAUGGGGAAUUGCCUUGAACCCAGAUGGAGGUAAUUGCACUGUGCAAGAGGCUCCCAGCUCUGUCGCUGCUGUCUUUAUAAGGCUCAAGGAGGACAAACAUACAGUGUGUUGUAGUAUUACAGACUGUAAGAGCCCCAUUACUGGUGAUUACUGUUAUUAUUGAUGUGUGAUUAAAAGCACCCUGUAAUCCUCUCAUCUUUAUGCUGUUUGUGGAUAGAAUUUUUGGUGCCAACUGAGUUUUUUAUUCUGAUGCAUUUCUGAACACCUUCCCCCAGACUGCCUGAGCAUACAUUUCCAUCGGGAGCCAGCUCCUUGGAGAAACUAUUUCUUCCUGUGCUGCUGGAGUUUCGGUAUCCAGGUGUUCUAAAGCCUUCAACACUGUAUAACAGUUCUCUGUGUUUCUAGCUCUCUCUUUAUGACAGUGGUCAAAAGACAGGCAGCUUGGGUCCUCAGAAGCUGAGCUUCAUAGACUGAGCUAAUUCAUUAGCUAUAGUGUGUGUUCUCUGUACAGAUAUCAUGUUCUGCUUGCCUUAGCGUGCAGCUUGUUGCAUACAAUACUGAAUUUUCAUAAAAGGAUUGCUCACAGGAAUGGACACCAAUGAGGUAAAACAGGUAUUCCCAUUAUAAUAGUUUGUAUAACGUUGCUUAAAAGCUUAUUAUUAAAAAAUGAUAUAUGUGCAUAGCUAACUUCAAAUUCCAACAUUCAUAUGCAUGACAAAACACUCACACUGUGCUGAAUCCAGUCUGCAGCAUACACAGGCCAUGGUGUAAGAUCUUCAGCAUUCUACGUGGCCCCAGGACACUGGGCAAAAAGCACUACUGGGCAUAUACAUCUGUAGAUGUAUAUAUAUGUGCAUAUAUAUGAGGGCUACUCCAAAAAUAAUACCUCCUAUUUUAUUAGUUUGAUCCACAAUGCCAGAGGCAGAUAUUGAUGGUAUGGCGGCAUAGGUUGAACCUUUCCAGCAAUAUUCCAUUGUAUUUUGUUGCCAUGUGACAGAUGGCAGCAGAGGGGCAGUCUGACAGAAUGGUGUCUGAGAUGGAAGUGCG